GAGUAGCAGCAACAUCCUGGACAACCUGCUGUCCCGCAUGGAGCAGUAUGCCAACAAUCUGGAGGGGCUGGUAGAGGAGCGGACCCAGGCCUACCUGGAGGAGAGACGCAAAGCCGAGGCCCUGCUCUACCAGAUUCUGCCUCACUCAGUGGCCGAGCAGCUGAAGCGUGGGGAGACAGUCCAGGCUGAAGCCUUCGACAGUGUCACUAUCUACUUCAGUGACAUCGUGGGCUUCACAGCCUUGUCAGCAGAGAGCACCCCCAUGCAGGUGGUGACCCUGCUCAAUGAUCUGUACACUUGCUUUGAUGCUGUCAUAGACAACUUUGACGUGUACAAGGUGGAGACCAUUGGUGAUGCCUACAUGGUGGUGUCCGGGCUCCCCGUGCGGAACGGGCUGCUGCAUGCCCGGGAGGUGGCCCGCAUGGCCCUGGCGCUGCUGGACGCGGUGCGCUCCUUCCGCAUCCGCCAUCGGCCCCAGGAGGAGCUGCGCCUGCGAAUCGGCAUCCACACAGGACCCGUGUGUGCCGGUGUGGUAGGGCUGAAGAUGCCCCGUUACUGUCUCUUUGGAGACACAGUCAACACCGCUUCCAGAAUGGAGUCUAAUGGAGAAGCCCUGAAGAUCCACUUGUCUUCUGAGACCAAGGCUGUCCUGGAAGAGUUUGGUGGUUUCGAGCUGGAGCUUCGAGGAGAUGUAGAAAUGAAGGGCAAAGGCAAAGUUCGGACCUACUGGCUCCUCGGGGAGCGGGGGAGUAGCACUCGAGGUUGACCUGCCUUCCCUCCUGGCCUUCCACACCUCCCUUCCCCGUGCCAGAGGUAACAGAGAGGUGCCAGACCUCGGCCUCACCCACAGCCGCCCUGCCAUUGCCAAAGGAUCGGAGAAGUAGUUUGAACAGCUCAAAUGUGCUAACCCCAAUGGAGACACCAGAUAUGACCUCUGAAGGAGGACUGGUGUUGGGGAGAACUUGAGAGUUCAUGGAACUGGACCAAAGCACACAGUCAUGCCCAGUGGCACACACACACAUAGACAAGUGUACCCACUCUCCAUCCUACGCAAGCCAGGCUAGGGUGUGGACUCCUGAUCCUCUCCCCCCACUCCCUCAACCUUGCUAAACUGUGACUAAUUUGGGGAGGGGAAGAGCCACCUUAGAGGCAAUAGGAAAAGGGACUAUAAGAUAAUCUGGGGGAUGAGGGGAGUCCACAUCUAGGCCACAAACACACCUGUGUCCCCCUCCGCCCUCAACACUGGGUACAGUGUGCAGGGGAGAGGGGCAGCUUGGAGGGGCUGUGAGCCUGUAUGUCUUGUUUCUCUGGUGAGCAGAGGCCAUUAACAUCUUUAUUCUAGUGACUGUCUCUGGAAGGAGAGCGGGUUCCCAGAAAACACAGCCAUGUUCCCCACCCUCUACUCCAAGUAAGACAUGCUUCUCAAGCUGGGAAUGCAAUAUCUGCAAAAGGCCCCGGCCCCCUUUCAGCUACCUGACAGCCUGUGACUUCCCCCAGCAGUGCUGACACUUCUGGUCUAAGGACCUGUUUACACCCUUCAGAAUUAUUGAGGGCCUCAAAGAGUUUUUGUUUAUGUGGGUUAAAUCUAUUCAUGUAUACUAUAUUAGAAAUUAAAA